UGUGCUGUCAUCACAGUGAAGGUUCGUGAACCAAAAUACCUCGUUUUGUUGUGAUAUUCUAUUCAUCUUCAUUAAUCCUAGAGACUUCAUAAUCCGUGGUAUUUUUUCCAAAAGUACUUCAAAAUGAGUAUGAGACCUGACGACCACCGUAGGAAGUGGGACAAAGAUGAGUUCGAGAAGAUCGCUUCAGAAAGGUUGAAAGCAGAGCUAGAGGAAGAGGAGCGUUCUAAGAAGAAAGUACCUCCAGUAAAAAGAGAGCUCCUCAAGCAGCGAGAGUACAAAGUAGACUUGGACUCGAAACUCGGCAAGAGUGUUGUCAUCACAAAAAACACACCCACGUCCCAGUCUGGAGGCUACUACUGCAAUGUAUGUGACUGCGUUGUUAAGGACUCAAUUAACUUUCUGGACCAUAUCAAUGGCAAGAAGCAUCAGCGCAAUCUUGGCAUGUCUAUGAAGAUUGAAAGGAGCUCACUGGAUCAGGUGAAAGCAAGAUUCGCAAGCAACAAACGCAAGCUAGAGGAGAGGAUCCGAGAAUAUGAGCUGGACAGCCGGCUGCGCGAGGCUGCUGAAGAGGAGGCGCGUGUCAAGGAGCUGCGUCGCGAGCGCCGCCGUGACAAGAAGCGCAAGCUGCAGGAGGGUGACGAGCAAGAAGAAGAGACUCCAGCGCAGUCCGAGCUCGCUCAGAUCAUGGGCUUCUGUGGCUUCGGCGGCUCUAAGAAAUAGUGCCAGCAUGUGUUAACCACAUAUUAUACUAUAGUCAAAUAAAAUAAAAAAACUACCAUAGGUUUACUGGUGAAACCCGGUUUACUGGUGCCAUAGGGUUUACUGGUGAAACUGGUUUUUGAAAUUCGAACUAUGUGCAAAUUCCGCAAAUGUUCUUAUUUCAAAGAAAAAUUAUGUCGAUUUAUCGUGUUU